UUUCUACUCCUACAAGCGCCAAAAUUCCAAAUCCCAACGCCAAAAAGCAAAGGAAAAAAACAAAAAACAAAAAUCUAAAUCUCCUCGGCUUUGUCAAUUUCCAAUGUGAAUCAAAAAGUUAGUUGCAUACUAGUUAUACGAGAAAAAGCCAAAAAAAUUUACACCUUUUUAUACACACUGAAGCCUGAUCUAGCGUACGUCUCUCUCAAAACCCUCAAGAUUAUAAGGUGCAGACAAACUGGAACCAUUUGGUUCAUCAAAAGUAGGGUAUGUGAAACUUCUGUGACUGAUGUUUUCAGGUACUAAGUUCGUUCUUAACCUCGUAUUCAUACGUGGAUUUUCUGGUUCACUCCACCUAGUUUUGUUAUUUGGGUUGUUUAUCUCAUGCUUGUGCAAGAAAUUCAGGUUGAUUCAUGGAAGGGGUGGUUCAAAAGAAAGGUUCAUUAAGGAAACCAAAAGUUUGUACUAUAAACAGACUUUCAUUUGUUGUCUCGGUCUCUCUGUGUUUAAUCUUGUAUUGUGUAUUGUAAACUACUUUUAUUGGUACUCAAAUGAUUGGUCUGAGGAAAACGUAGUGACACUUUUGGAUUCAGCCCUUAGAACACUUGCUUGGGGUGCGGUUUCGGUUUACUUGCAUACCCAGUUACCUACUGCUGAAUCAAAGUUUCCAUUCUUACUGAGAGUUUGGUGGAUUUCUUACUUCUUCAUUUGUUGCUACUGCUUUGUAAUAGACAUUGUUCUCUACUUGAAACAAGUUGCUUUACCCAUCCAAUCCUCUGUUUCGGACUCUGUCUCCCUUUUAACUGGUUUGUUUUUUAUAUAUGUGGGGUUCUUUGGGAAGCAAGAUGGUGAAAAUACCCUUCUUAGUAAACCGCUUUUGAAUGGUUGUUACAGUAUAAUUGAAGAUGCAGAACCCAAUAAAUCCAAAGGGAAUGCAACUGUAACUCCCUUUUCGAGUGCUGGGAUUUUCUCUGUUCUUACAUUUAGUUGGAUAGGUCCUCUAAUUGCGGUUGGCAAUAAGAAGACCUUAGACCUUGAGGAUGUUCCUCAACUUGAUACCGGUAAUAGCGUAGUUGGGGCUUUUCCAACUUUUAGAAAUAAGCUGGAGUCAGAUUGUGGUACAAUUAGUGAAGUGACUACAUUUAAGUUGGUGAAAGCAUUAAUCUUCACAGCCUGGAAAGAGAUCGCUUUGACGGCUUUGUUUGCACUUGUGUAUUCAGUGGCUUCUUAUGUUGGCCCCUAUCUUAUUGACACUUUUGUUCAAUACCUAAACGGGCAACAAGAGUUUGAAAACGAGGGCUGCAUUUUGGUUUCUACAUUUUUUGUUGCAAAAAUUGUGGAGUGCUUGGCGCAGAGACAAUGGUCUUUUAGGGUACAGCAGUUUGGAGUGAGGAUUCGAGCAGUACUUGUUGCAGUGAUCUAUAAUAAAGGCUUGACUCUUUCUUGCCAGUCUAAGCAAGAGCACACUAGCGGGGAGAUCAUCAAUAUUAUGACCAUUGAUGCCGAGAGAAUUGGUGAUUUCAGUUGGUACAUGCAUGAUCCUUGGUUAGUUCUUGUGCAAGUUGCUUUGGCCUUGUUGAUUCUAUAUAGAAGUCUUGGUCUUGCUGCAAUAUCAGCAUUCAUUGCGACUGUACUGGUUAUGUUGGCUAAUCUCCCGUUGGGAAAAUGGCAAGAGGAUUUUCAGGACAAGUUGAUGGAGUCAAAAGAUAGAAGGAUGAAAGCAACUUCUGAGAUUUUGAGAAACAUGAGGAUUCUCAAGUUUCAAGGAUGGGAAAUUAAGUUUUUGUCUAAGAUCGUUGAGCUAAGGAAAAGUGAGUCGGGAUGGUUGAAAAAAUUUGUUUACACCAAGGCUAUUGCAUCAUUUGUCUUAUGGGGUGCUCCUACUUUUGUGUCUGUGGCUACUUUCGGUACAUGUAUGCUACUCAGGAUCCCACUUGAAUCUGGAAAGGUCUUAUCCGCUCUUGCAACAUUUAGGAUUCUGCAAGAGCCCAUCUAUAAUCUACCUGACACAAUUUCAAUGAUAGCACAAACUAAGGUUUCACUUGAUAGAAUUUCAUCGUUCCUUCGUCUCGAUGACUUGCAGUCUGAUGUUGUACAGAAGUUGCCAAGAGGUAGUUCUCAUACUGCAGUUGAGAUAAUUGGCGGGAAUUUCUCUUGGGAUUUAUCUUGUCCAAACCCGACAUUGAAAAAUAUCAAUGUUGAAGUGUUUCAUGGUAUGAGGGUUGCUAUUUGUGGUACAGUUGGCUCAGGCAAGUCAAGCUUGCUAUCUUGUAUCCUAGGAGAAGUACCAAAGUUAUCUGGAACCCUUAAGUUAUGUGGAACAAAGGCCUAUGUUGCUCAGUCACCAUGGAUACAGAGUGGUACAAUAGAAGAAAACAUACUGUUCGGUAAAGAUAUGGAUAUAGAAACUUAUGACAGAGUUCUAGAAGCAUGUGCGCUGAAGAAGGACCUGGCAAUUCUGCCAUAUGGAGAUCACACAGUCAUAGGAGAGAGGGGAAUAAAUUUGAGUGGUGGACAAAGGCAGAGAAUACAAAUUGCUCGUGCCUUGUAUCAAGAUGCUGAUAUUUAUCUUUUUGAUGAUCCUUUUAGUGCUGUUGAUGCCCAUACAGGAUCUCACAUCUUCAAGGAAUGCUUGCUGGAUUUUUCGAGUUUUAAAACAGUGAUUUAUGUCACUCAUCAAGUAGAGUUCUUACCUGCUGCUGAUCUUAUUUUGGUCAUGAACGAUGGAAAGAUUACCCAAGCUGGAAAGUACAAUGAUAUACUCAAUUCCGGAACUGAUUUUAUGGAGCUUGUGGGCGCACAUAGGAAAGCCUUGUCGACACUUAGUUCUGCAGAGGCAGGGCCGAAUGAAAAUAUAAAUAUCAGUGACAAAGAAGAAGAUUUAGCUAGUAGAAAUGGGGUUAUGGGGAAAGAAGAAAACAGAGAUGUUCAAGAAGGUAAAACUGAUGAUGUACUGGGGCCAAAAGGGCAGCUAGUUCAAGAAGAAGAGAGAGAGAAAGGUAAAGUUGGGUUUUCAGUCUACUGGAAAUAUAUAACAACAGCAUCUGGAGGAGCUUUUGUACCGUUUAUAUUGCUGUCACAGGUCCUAUUUCAGCUCCUUCAAAUUGGAAGUAAUUAUUGGAUGGCUUGGGCAGCUCCCGUUUCAGAUGAUGUUGAUCCUUUUGUAAGCAGCAAUAUGCUUAUAACUGUUUAUGUUGCUCUGGCCAUUGGAAGUUCAUUUUGUGUCCUUGCAAGAUCUAUCCUUCUUUCAACGGCUGGGUAUAAGACAGCCACCAUACUCUUCAAUAAAAUGCAUUCAUGCAUUUUUCGGGCUCCCAUGUCAUUUUUUGAUGCCACUCCAAGUGGACGAAUUCUCAACAGAGCUUCAACAGACCAAAGUGUUGUUGAUCUUGAUAUUCCAUAUAGAGUUGGCGCUGUUGCUUUCUACAUUAUCCAGAUACUCUCAAUUAUUGCAUUAUUGUCCCAGGUUGCAUGGCAGAUUUUCAUCAUUUGUAUCCCUGUGAUUGUAGCGUCUGUCUGGUAUGAGCAAUACUACAUACCUUCAGCACGAGAACUGUCACGCUUGGUAGGAGUCUGCAAAGCUCCAGUGAUACAACAUUUUGCUGAAACAAUUUCUGGAUCGACAACCAUAAGGAGCUUUGAUCAAGAGUCAAGAUUCCAAGACACAAAUAUGAAAUUGAUGGAUGCAUAUUCCCGGCCUAAGUUCAAUAUUGCUGGUGCAAUUGAAUGGCUAUGCUUUCGGUUGGAUAUGUUGUCUUCCAUUACAUUUGCUUUCUCUUUGGUUUUCUUCAUCUCUAUUCCAAAGGGAGUCAUUGAUCCAGGCAUUGCAGGAUUGGCUGUAACAUAUGGACUUAGUCUAAACAUGUUACAAGUUUGGAUCAUAUGGAACUUUUGCACGAUGGAGAACAAAAUAAUAUCAGUGGAGAGAAUGUUUCAAUAUACCAGUAUCCCAAGUGAGCCUCCUUUAGUAAUAGAAUCAAGCCGGCCAGAUCAUUCUUGGCCAUCACAUGGAGAAGUUGAAAUUUAUAAUCUUCAGGUCAGGUAUGCCCCAGACAUGCCACUUGUGUUGCGAGGUCUCACGUGCAUUUUUCCCGGUGGAAUGAAAACUGGCAUUGUGGGGAGAACAGGUAGUGGGAAAACAACUCUCAUACAAACACUCUUCAGAAUUGUCGAACCUGCUGCUGGUCUGAUUACAAUAGAUGGGCUUAACGUCUCUUCAAUUGGACUACAUGACUUGCGGUCUAGGCUGAUCAUUAUCCCUCAAGAUCCAACAAUGUUUGAAGGGACUGUUAGAAGCAACCUGGAUCCACUUGAAGAGUACACAGAUGAACAAAUAUGGGUGGCUCUAGAUAAGUGCCAACUUGGAGAUGAAGUUAGGAAGAAGGAAGGAAAGCUCGACUCUAUAGUUACUGAAAAUGGAGAAAAUUGGAGUAUGGGUCAGAGGCAACUGGUCUGUCUUGGCCGUGUGUUACUCAAGAAAAGUAAGGUCUUGGUACUUGAUGAAGCUACAGCAUCUGUUGAUACAUCUACGGACAAUCUAAUUCAGCAAACCCUUCGUCAGCAUUUUUAUGAUUGCACGGUUAUUACCAUUGCUCAUCGUAUAACUUCUAUUCUUGACAGUGACAUAAUUGUGCUUCUAAGUCAUGGGCUUAUUGAGGAAUAUGAUUCUCCAUCAAGAUUGCUAGAAAACAAGUCAUCGUCUUUUGCUCAGCUUGUUGCAGAGUACACAAUGAGGUCAAGCUCGAGUUCAGAAUAGCAGACUGCCAAUUAGAAUGUGAAUUCUAGACAAUUCACCAAACAGUUGGACAACAAUAAAUAACUCUGCCCCAACUGAGUUAAAUCCUUCUCAAUGAUGAUAUUAUACUGCAUUGUUUGUGGUCAAAACCUGUCUGUAUUUGAAUCUGGCUAUAUUGCAUUUCCAAACAUCAAAAGCUGUGCUUAUAUAAAUCAAGCUUAUGAUAUGCAUCCAAUAUUAAAA